AAAUAUGCCUUUGAGAAAGAAAGACGAUUAUAUACCCAUCAAGUGUGAGGGUUGGAAUGGCAAAUUCGUCUAUGCCCCUGGCACCACAAAUAACGUCUCCAAGAUACGUCGCCACAAUCAAAAUGUAACUGAUACUCAAAAUUUCUAUGGCUAUUGCACGGAACCAAUUGUCUUGCCCACCGCCUGGGAUGGUACCUUCAAACAAAGUGAUGAGGUACGCAUGCAACAGGAACGCAAUCGUUCGGAUGAUUCCAAAUAUUUCCAAUACAACACCGAACCCACAAUCUUGCCAACAUCCUGGAAUGGUGAAUUUGUCAAGGAUCCCAAUGAUGUACGCAUAAAGCCAGAACGUAAUUUUUCCGAUGUCCGCGACUAUGCUGAGGCCAAUCGUUUUCGUGUUGUAAACUAAAA